AUGACUAAUAUCAAAUAUUUGAGUAUUGCUGUUCUUUUAUCUGCAUUUAUUGUAGAUACAAUAAUAGCAAAUCCCUUUAUACAAGGAAAUAUAAAUAACAUUAUUAAUUCAAUUGAUGAAGAUUGUAACUGUAUUAGAUAUAAUUGUGGAUGUUGCAAACAUAUAGAAUAUGAUAUCGUUUUUCUAAAUGGAACAUUUUGUGGAAAUGCAUCUUAUUUGGAAAAAGAUUAUGGAUUUUCUGUCACUAUGUCUUACAAUAAUUUCUCUAUAAUCAAUGAAACAAUAUCAGCAAGAAAUCCACCACCAGUUUGCUACAAUUUUCUAGAAUUUGCACAUUUGCUAUCAUUGCCAAAACUGCCACAUUUAAUUUAUAUUUGCUUACGUCUUUAUGACAUAGAUAUAAAUAAAAAUGGUUUUCAUUUAUGUUUUGAAAUAAAAAUGAAAGUAUUUGCACACGAAAUAAUAGUAAUACCACUAGGUUGCAUUAAUAAAUUUAAAUAUGCAAACAAGAUAUAUAAAGCAUAUCCCAAUGUCAUAAUGAUAUAACUUUAUAUCAAUGUCAUAUGUCAUAAGCUACAGAUAUUUUUAUUGUAAGUUAAGUAUAUUUUAAAUAUUUACAUUUAAUUCUGUUAAUGUUAAUAAUUAUUUGGUAUAUCAAUUCUUUUGUUUGCAUUAAUUAUUAAUAAAUAUAUUUA